AUGAAAUAGAACUAAUUGCGAUUACUAACAAAAUCUAUGUACUACUUACGACUGAUAUACCCAUUACUCCAUUAGAGAGAGAUGAGUGGAGCAGGUGUUCCAGACUUCUUCUACAGAGAAGCUCAACGACUUGGUUAUGUUGCUCGUUCUGCCUUCAAGUUAUUGCAGUUGCAAGAGAAAUACAAAUUGAUAAAACCAGGCUCAUCUGUGCUUGAUUUGGGCUGUGCUCCUGGCGCAUGGCUUCAGGUAGCUUGCCAGAGCUUGGGUCCUUCUAAAAAUGGUGGGGAUGUUGUGGGUAUUGACUUAAAGAAGGUGAAAGUUCCUUCUACUCAUUGUGAUGCUAGGGUUCAAACAGUGUGUGCUAAUGUUAUGAACCUUCCAAGGGACCAAAUUAGGUCACUGUCUACUAAGAAAGGAUUUUCUGUGAUUCUAUCAGACAUGUGCCCCUUAGUAUCUGGAAUCAAAACGAAAGAUGCAGCCUUAUCGGCUGAGUUAGGCAUGCGAGCCCUUGACCUGGCUGUAGGAAGUUCUGCUCUUGCUCAAGGAGAUGCUGAGCCUGAGACGAAAGAAGAGGCAGAGGCUGAUGACAAGGGCAUAUUGCUUCCUGGGGGAAACCUUGUCAUCAAACUUUUGGAGAGUGAAGAUAUGCAAGAAUUUAAUCAAGUUUGUAAACCACUUUUCAAGAAGGCAUCAUGGCUGAGACCCAAAGCUACAAGAUCAUCUUCACGAGAAAUAUAUUUGAUUUGUCAAGGCCUGCGUCCAUGAGUUAGCUAAUGAUAACUGUGUUCCAGCAAACGGGUAAAAGGGGGU